AGGAGGAGAGGAAAUUCGAGAAUAAUGAAAUUGAAGGGGAGAGGAGGAGGAGAGGAAAUUCGAGAAUAAUGAAAUUGAAGGGGAGAGGAGGAGAUCGAUUUCAAAACCUAGAGUGACCAUUGCGGUAUCCGGUUCCAUCAUCGACAACGCUCGAUCCCUCGAGAUUGCCACUAGAGACAGUCAUUGGCUUCAUUGAAAUUGUUCAACUCAGGAAUAUAGUUUUUGCAAGUAUCAGGUAGUGGUAUUCGACAGUAGAAGGAGUUCGGUGACUGACUCGGAUGUUGCGGCAGCGAACAAUUCUGAUGAUGAGCAAAGUGGCGCUGCUUUUCUUAUAAGGAAUCAUGAACUUGAAGUAUCUUGAGACUCCACAAUACUUGAGAAAAGCUCUUUUCCCAAAGCACAACAAUCUAAGAUUUGUGGGGAUGUUGCCACCGCUUGAUGCUCCUCACCAUUUGCGCAACCAUGAAUGGGGUCCAUAUCGAGAAGGCUGUAUAUGUCAAAAUGAAAUGGAAAAUAGAAAAGCUUGCUCAUGUUGUGCAGGAAGUGGUGGCAAAAGGACACUCAAAGUCGAAAUGAAAUGGAAAGUGAAGAAGAAUACGCAGGGAUGGAAGUGGUGGCAAAAGGACACUCAAAGUCGAAAUGAAAUGGAAAGUGAAGAAGAAUACGCAGGGAUGAAAAAUUGAGACAACGGUACCGUGAUGGCAGCACAGAGGUGGAGGAGACGACAAAAUGUAAGAAAUCGAAAAGAACAUAACUAUCUGCUUUAUUUUAACAAGUUUUAUGGUAACUUGAAGUACAGGUAAUAGAACAUCCACUCCAAUCAAUAUAAACAAGCUUUCCAAGCUAA